CAACUGUCUCGAUCGACCAUUAGUUUCCGAACGACGGCCUUGUGUGGCACACAUCCAACUUCAUCCGCACGAUGAAGCAUUGGUAUGGCUUUGCCAUUGUAGGACUUUGUUUGCUGCUAGAAAGGACGAGCUGUGCGCUGCAGAAAGGAGCUAUCGAGCAGAAAAAAACGGCGAAUUAUUUGGUGAAGGAGAAUUCUGUAGCACGUGUAAGCCAGGUGGAAAUAAAUACUAAUUAUGAUCCAAAAAAAGCCACCACGGCAACUGCCAGAAGGCCGACAGUGCAGCAACCUAAAAUAUUAAUAAACGGACAACCAAUACAGAAUUUUCAGUCACUAGUGCAGCAAAUUAAACCCACCGUAGCAAAGUCGAGUAAACGAGUUCAGCAAGUGCUAGUCAUACAACAGCCACAACGUGUGGUCCAGCAAACCGUAGCAUCAGCUCCAAAGACUCAAAUUAUUAAGCUGCAGAAAAUAGUGCAGCAGGUUCAACCUAGUAGAACAAGUGCUCCACGGACUCAAAUCAUCAUACAACAGCCACAACGUGUACAGCAGGUUCAGCGAACCGGGACAAAUGCACAGCGCACUCAAAUCAUUAUACAGCAGCCCCAACGUGUGCAGCAGGUUCUGCGAACCGGUACAAACGGUCAGCGGACUCAAAUCUACUUACAACAGCCUCAACGUGUGCAGCAGGUUCAGCGAGUUGGGACAAACGCACAGCGAACACAAAUCUACUUACAACAGCCCCAACCUGUGCAACAGAUUCAGCGCAUCGGAACAAACGCAAAGCGGACGCAAAUCUACUUACAACAGCCUCAACGAGUGCAGCAGAUUCAGCGAGUCGGGACAAACACUCCCCGUACUCAAAUCAUCAUACAACAGCCUCAGCGUGUGCAACAGGUUCAGCGAAUCGGGCCUAACGCUCAGCAGACUCGGGUCUACAUUAAACAACCCCAGCGUGUGCAGCAGGUUCAGCGUAUCGGUUACCUUACAAGUGCUCCACAAACACAAGUAAUAAGGCUGUCGCAACAGGCGCAGCCCAUUUCAACGGCAAAAGUUCAACAAGCAUUUGUAAUAAGGCAACAGCCACAGGUAAUACGCCAGCCACAGCAGCGUAUCGUAACAGCGCAAUAUGCGCCUGCUCAGUCGCAGAACAAGCGCGUGCUGGUCCAGUACCGUCAGGGGUGAAUCUCAGGUUCAAUACUAACUUAGGCAUCGGUCAAAGGUCGAAUAAUUCGUUGAUCCUAUGUUCCCGAACACGUUUGGUAGCACCAAUGGCGGUGCGAUCGCUAUAGCCUACAAGCCAAGCUCGGGAAAGGAUGGAUCGGCCACCUGCCACACCACCGCUUAUGGCAGUUCAGUACAAGGCGACUGUCUGAGAGCUAUUGAUCUGCAUUCGUCUGGCUAAGGCAUUUCGAACAAACAAGACAAACAUUGUCUCAAACCUAUCAAAUUCCAUACAUUUUUCAUGUGCGAUGUCUUGUUCGAUUGGUGUUAGACCGCCGGGCCAGUUGCGAUCGAAAAUUUACCGGAUUUUCGUAUCAUUUUGCAAAGUGACAAUAUCAGCCACUUUCCCAAGCUCGAUAAAUACGGGAACGAUCGAAGUGGUUAUCAAAAAUGACAUAAAUAGGUGGUUUUCUUAAAUGAUUUUAGAACAUUUUGCCAUAUUGCAGCGAUUACUGAGCAAGACGCUCGUAAAAUAAAUUAAAGUAACCGUUGUACCCAACUAACUACAAUUAUCGUUCCUCUUCGAUCGAGUUUGGGGAAAGUGGCUGUAUCUCAACGACUGUGACAUAUUAUAAAUGCAUGACAAAAUUGUUCUAGUUUUUCUACUUAGUUUUUAAUACACCACAACCUGAUUUCAGUUUGACAGUGCUUUGUGACAUGUUGAGGAACUGCCUGAUCAUUGUGAUGGAAAUAAAAUAAGGACGAGUUACUGAAAAAAACUUCUUCUUCUUAUCCUAAAACAUGAAAAUAAUGAGGCUGAUAAGGCCAAAAUAAUCCAAAUCCAUAAAUAAAUAAAUAUAUAGGACAUAUAGAAGAUAGUCACAGAUUGUGUUUGGCAUUAGAAUAGCAGCUUUUAGUUGUUGUUAAUAAUUCUACAUGGAAAUAAUCAUUUCUUACGCGCAAAUUAUUCUACACGGAAUUAUGAUUUUUUUUUUUAAUUCUUUAUUAGAAAUUACAUAUAAGUCAUUUUUGUAAAAAGAACACCCCAUAUGAUUUCUCUAACACAAGUAUCGCGUGAUUAUGUAAAAGGACUUUCAAAUGCAGGCCAAAUGAUGACCUGUUCGUGUUCAAGAACUGGAAAAUAAUUGUAAAAAAACCUACAAUUCCACAGCUGUAUCAUUUUGCGAGUCAUUUAAGUCAGUAGGUUCAAAGUCUGCACAAAAAAGGUCUUGCAAAUGGUGAAUAAUCUUGUUCAUAAAGAAAAGUGACUCGGUAAACCCUGUAAAUAUAUACGAUCUGUCCAACCAGUCGGAUGGUGCUGUUGGUU